UUUUUGUUUUGGUUAUCCUAUAAGCUACAGGACUCCUAACGGCGCGUGCGCUUUUUAUUAUUUACCUCAUUUCAUGCGUAAUUUCACGAAAUAAUAAGGUCCUUUAUCCCUGAGAUCUGUCCGGUUUAGUGGCUGACACUGGAGUACUUAUGGGUGUCUUGUGCGCUCCACCGGCGAGAUAGCCAAGAUUUUUUUUUUGUUUGUUUUAAAUAAUUGGUAUUAUUAUUAUUAUUAUUAUUAUUAAUAUUAUUAUUAAUUUUUUUUUCUGUUUACAUUCAUUCGCGUGCACAGCAUCCGUGCAUUGCGGUUUGAUUUGAAUAAUUCAUUUCGCGCAACGAAUCAAGAAGAGAGAGAGAGAGAGAGAGAGAGAGAGAGAAGCACAGCCCAAGCAGCAGAGGAAGGAAGGAAGAUAGGAAGGAAGGAAGGAAGGAAGGAAGCGAGGACGGAAAAAAAAAACGGAGAAACGAGCGUUUUAUUUAAAGCCUGAUUUUGGAUUUCUUGUCUCGUAUUUUUCCUCCGAUAAAGCCUCUUUUUUUAUUUUUUUUGCUCUAAAGAACAGCCCCAGGCUUUAUUACAGAGAGAAGCCGAUACAAGCGGACACAAUCCCGGGUUUGUGAUUUUCAGGUCCAUUUGGAGAAAUGCAGUGAUUUUUCUGCUGCGUUUUUGCAGGCCUGAUUCACGGCCAUCAUGUGCGUUCGGGUCUGAAUAUCUAUCACGGAAGAAGAGAUCGGACUGAAGCACUUCCCUCAAGCUGUCAGCUCUGUAGUCUUCCUGUGCUGAGGCCGACCAGCUCAACGAACAGGUGCUUGCGUGAGUGAGUGAGUGAGUGAGUGAGCGAGUGAGUGAGGUUAAAAGUCAAAGGUCAGUUCAAGAUGAGUGAGCUGGAGCAGCUUCGACAGGAGGCUGAGCAGCUGAAGAACCAGAUACGAGAUGCAAGGAAAGCAUGUGGAGACUCGACACUUACGCAGAUAACGGCGGGACUGGACCCGGUGGGUAGGAUUCAGAUGCGGACAAGGCGUACUCUCAGAGGUCAUUUAGCCAAAAUCUACGCCAUGCACUGGGGCUCUGACUCCAGGCUUCUGGUCAGUGCUUCACAAGAUGGCAAACUCAUCAUCUGGGACAGUUACACCACGAACAAGAUCCACGCCAUCCCGCUGCGCUCCUCAUGGGUGAUGACGUGUGCUUAUGCGCCGUCUGGAAAUUUUGUAGCCUGCGGCGGUCUGGACAACAUCUGCUCCAUCUACAGCCUGAAGACCCGCGAGGGCAACGUGCGAGUCAGCCGAGAGCUCCCUGGACACACGGGUUAUCUUUCCUGCUGUCGCUUCAUCGAUGACAAUCAGAUCAUCACGAGUUCAGGAGACACCACCUGUGCUCUGUGGGACAUCGAGACAGGCCAGCAGACUACGCUGUUCUCUGGCCACAGCGGCGACGUGAUGAGUUUGUCUUUGUCUCCGGAUUCGCGCACGUUCAUUUCCGGCGCGUGCGACGCCUCCAUCAAACUGUGGGACGUCAGAGACAGCAUGUGCAGGCAGACAUUUACGGGCCACGAGUCCGACAUCAACGCCGUGUGUUUCUUCCCCAGCGGCAGCGCGUUCGCUACGGGAUCAGACGACGCCACGUGCCGCCUGUUUGACCUGCGGGCGGAUCAGGAGCUCAGCCUUUACUCGCACGACAACAUCAUCUGCGGCAUCACGUCGGUGGCGUUCUCGCGCUCAGGACGUCUGCUGCUCGCCGGCUACGAUGACUUCAACUGCAACAUCUGGGAUGCCAUGAAGGGAGACCGUGCAGGAGUCCUGGCCGGUCAUGACAAUCGUGUGAGCUGUCUUGGUGUGACCGACGACGGCAUGGCCGUGUGCACCGGCUCCUGGGACAGCUUCCUCAAGAUCUGGAACUGACACCACUCUCUCUCUCUCUUUCACAUACACACAUUACCACACACUGUAUGCCUGUUUUACUGUAUAUAUAUCUCUCUCACACAUAAACACACACACACACACACACAAACUCAUAUUGUACAUAAUAUAUUACGCCAACUAGGUAUCUUGAGUUGUUUACUAUGGUAAUUGCUUUGUAUACAUAACCUCACCUGAAUCUGUACACCAGUAACUGGAUGCAGGUCACAGGUUUGACCCACUGAAGCUAAACACGAAUGUUCUUUCUUUCUUUCUCUCUCACACACACACACACACACACACACAGUACAUGUUUCCAGAGGACACAAUGUAAAAAAAACAAACAAAAAAAACAAUAUCCACUCAAAGUCUUGCGUGACUCGGAAACACAUUCGGAGAGAAAAGGGGAAGGAGGUUUGUUCAAUUGUGAGUCGAAACAUUUGGGAGUGUAUUUAUGUUUAUUUGAGAAAACACACACACACACACACACACACACACACAGCUAGUCUUGGUUGGGCUCUGAGAAGAAGACAACAGACGAUCUUUAGGACCGUUUCUGAUUUUGGUGUCUGAAUUGGACCGGUGCUGAUCCACUGAUCAUACGAUACGCCACUGUAAUAAAGGACGAAGCUUUGCUCUUGUUUGCUCUUUAGGGAGGCUGAAGGGUUGCAUUUGACUAGCUAGAUAAUGAAACCCGACAGCCGUUAGCAGUUAUAUAUCAACUUAAUACAAAGCGAACACCCCCCCCCAACCCCCAAAGUCAUUUUUGCAAACACUAUAAUACAGCUGCAUGCGGCAGCAAUCAAAGGGGUCCAAGCACCAUGAGCUUAUCGGGGGAAAUUCUAGAACAGGGUUAACGUUUUCCCACUCGGAUAUUAAACGCAGGGGCGGACUUAAUGAUUUGGGGGACCUAAGCGAUUCCAUGUAUGGGAAUCUCAUGCAUGUGCAGUACGAAAGGAACGUUCCAUUAUUCAUGAAUCAUAUGGGGGGGUGCAUUUGAAAAGAUGUAAUAAUAACGUUAAAAUAUUUUAUUAGAUUAGAUUUAUUAGAAAAGUAAUACUAUAUGAUUUAUAUAGGCUUCUUGGUAUUGGUAUCGGGGCCCUAAGCGGCUGUUUCCCUCGCUUAUUGGUUAAGUCCACCCCUCAUUAAAUGGGUGUGUGCGUGUGAAUUGUUUGAAUUGUCAACUCGCUUAACCCGGAUGUGGUGCUUGGACCCCUAACAGCCACCGGGUUUAAAACCAGAGGGAACCGGUACAGAAAUGUUUCUUUUUUUUCAUUAAAAAUAUUGCAAUAUUAUUGUAAUUCGUGUUCAAGGGUUUGGCAGUAAUGAUAUAAACACAUGCCUGGUGUAAGGCAGGUACUGUGACGUACAAAAUGACUUAAAAUAUAUAUAUAUAUAUAUAUAUAUAUAUAUAGAAGCAUGUGGUAAGAACAUGAUUUUCCAUCACGCCAAAUUGUAUUAGACUGAAAUUUCGCACUUAAUUUGAAAGAUAGACACCUGUGACACUGCAGUACAAGUAAAUAUAUGAUGUUUUUCUUUUUUCUUUUGGUUUGAAUGUUUUGUUUCUAUUCGGAUUUUCUAUGCUUAUUUUAUUCAUGUUUUUCCCUGCGUGCCUCAGAUAACACUGUAAGGACAAUAAAUAAAAGUUGAGGAAGUGUAAA